CUGAGUCGCCCGGGGCAGAAUCGAAACUCAUCGCAGAACCGAAAGUGAUCGAGGGGCGCCCGGGAGCGGCCGCUGGGCCGUGGGGCGGCGGAGGACUUCACACCUCCGGGCAGUCCCAGUGCACCAGCUGAGCUCAGCAGCCUCAGAUCCCGGCCCGAAGAUCCAGGCCAGCGUCGGAGAUGGAGGCCCCGGGGUCCCGUCCGUCGCCUGCCAGCCCCACCGCCAGCAAGGGGGUGUCCCUGGCCAGGCUGCACGCCCAGGUGGAGCUGCACCUGGGCUGCUCCCGCUGCACGCAGCGCCUCAACGAGAGCACGUACGUCCUGCGUGGCGUGGAGCACAGCUGCCCCCGCGAGAUCCUGCUGGCCCGCUUCAAGCAGGCCACCAAGAGCAAGAUCUGGCGCAAGGUGGGCCGCCGGCCCAGCUUCCCAAGGCCUUCCCGCUACCAAGUCUGCCGCUACUACAGCCCGGGGCUCGGCUGCCGGCGCCACCGGAACCAGUGCACCUUCGCCCGCAGCCCCGAGGAGGCCCUGGUCUGGACCUUCGAGCGCGAGCACAACCUCCAGCGCCUGUGGCUGAAGGCCGCGGUGCAGGGCGGCGGCGGGGCCCAGGGCGGGGCCGGCGGGCCGGGCCGGGCGGCCGACGCCAUCAGAGAGGAGUUUGGCGGCCACUUCGAGCUGCUGUGCUCCCUGUGCUUCCGGCGCAGCCCCCCGCACAUCUGCCGGGUGGACCCCCAGGGCCGGUGCCCUGAGCACGGAGCCUGCCCCUCACUCCUGACCCACGUGAGGGCCAAGGGCCGCAGCAAGCUGCAGUUCCUGGAGGUGCGGCCACAGCCCCAGUACGGCCAGCCGCUCGCCUACUGCAUGUUUGUGGGCCGCGGGCAGCCGUGCCGGCACGGGGCCUCCCGCUGCCAGUACGCGCACAGCGCCGUGGAGAUGGCCGUGUGGGAGGCCGAGCUGCGGGGCAGCCUCAAGCGGGAGGACCUGCUUGUGCCUGUUGCCCCCAGGGGCGGGCGCACAGCCCCCCUCAGCCAGCCCCCCGGGGCCCAGCUGUACUGCCACGCCUGCCGGAUCACCUGCCACUCUCGGGAGGCUUUCGAGAACCACUGCUCCUCCUGGGAGCACACACACAUGGUGGCCCUGGACCUGGCCGGGCCCUGGGAGCACCGCCGCCCCCCCAUGGGGCUCUCCACGUUCGAGCUCUGCCCAGAGCCUGCCCGCUGCGAGUACGGGGACGUGUGCACCAAGGCGCACUCGGUGCAGGAGCUGCAGGAGUGGGUGCAGAGGGUGCAGGCUGCGGGGCUGCGGGAGCAGGCGGCCUGGCAGGACGGGCUGGUGCCCUACCGCGUGCGGCUGCUGGCCGAGUACCAGGACGGCGGCGGCCAGGCCCUGGUGCUGGCCGAGACCGUGGAGGGCGUGUCCGUGUCCUGCGACCAGCCGCUGGCGCAUCAGGCCCGGGAGAAGAGGACGCAGCACAGCUGGGUGUUCACCGUCCGGUCGGAGGACCCCCUGCUGCACGUGGCCCUGCUCAAGCAGGAGCCGGGCGCGGACUUCUCCCUGCUGGCGCCCGGCCUCCCGCCAGGCCAGCUCUACGCGCAAGGCGAGCGCUUCCGCCAGCCGGGGUCCCAGACCGACUUCCGCGUGGGAGUGCGCGUGCAGACCACCUCCUUCGGCACCUUCAAGCAGUGGGUGGCCUUUGACUUCGGCCGCCGGCCGGUGCUGCUUCAGGAGCUGGAGCUGGAGCUGGGCCAGGUGCACUGCCCGGGGCUCCGGGGGGCGGCAGUGCCCGGCAGCUCGGAGGAGCUGGAGCGCUGGCACGCCGGCAACCGCCACGUGGUGCCCGGCGUGGAGCGCACGGCCGAGCAGACGGCCCUGCUGGCAAAGUACAAGGUGCCCGCCCAGGCCCUGGGGAUCACGGGCAGCAGCCCUGCCCCGGGCCCCCUGUCUCGCAGCAACUACCGGCAGAGGAUGCACCAGUUUCUCCACGAGGAGGAGGCCGCUCAGCAGCGGCUGGUGGCCAAGCUGUCCCUUCGGGCCCAGGUGUCCCUGAAGACGGCGCUGCAGACGCCAGCCCUGGGCAUGCUCUUCGCGCCACCCGGAGCGCUCUACGCCGAAGUCCCCAUCCCCGCCUCCCUGACGCCGGACACAGAGCAGGGCUUCCUGCUGGGCCGGGCGGUCAGCACGGCCCUGGUGGCCCCCGUGCCCGCGCCCGACAGCACGGUGUUCGAGGCGCGGCUGGAGCCGCGGGCCAGGUCGGAGCAGGCGCUAUGGCUGCUCCUGCCGGCCCCCUGCUGCGAGGCCCUGGGGCUGCGGCCCGAAGCCAGCCCUGUCCUGGAGGUGCAGUUCCAGGUCGACCCGCUGACCUUCUGCCUCUGGCACCAGGCUGUGGACGCGCUGCCCGAGGAGCGCCUGGUGCUGCCCGACCUGCCGGCCUGCGUCCUGCCCUGCCCGCGGCCAGCCCCGGCCUCCGUGCGCGGCAACUGCAAGCAGAAGCUGGCCAUGGGGCUCAUCGCGGGCAGCGGCCCCCCGGACGGGAGGCCCGUGUCCCCGCUGCUCAUCUACGGCCCCUUUGGCACCGGCAAGACCUACACGCUGGCCAUGGCCUCCCUGCAGGUCCUGCAGCAGCCGCACACCAGGGUGCUCAUCUGCACACACACCAACAGCGCCGCCGACAUCUACGUGCGGGAGUAUUUCCACGGCCACGCCAGCAGCGGCCACCCCGAGGCGGCUCCGCUGCGGGUGAUGUACGCGGACCGGCCCCCCAGCCAGACGGACCCGACCACGCUGCGCUACUGCUGCCUGACCCAGGACCGCCGGGCCUUCCGCCCGCCCACGGCGGCAGAGCUGGCGCAGCACCGCCUGGUGGUCACCACUACCACCCAGGCCCGCGAGCUGGGGGUGGCCGCCGGCUUCUUCUCGCACAUCCUCAUCGACGAGGCCGCCCAGAUGCUGGAGUGCGAGGCCCUCACCCCGCUGCGCUACGCCGCGCCCGGCACCCGCGUGGUGCUGGCGGGCGACCACAUGCAGGUGGCGCCCAAGCUGUUCAGCGUGCCCGGGGCCAGGGCGGCCGAGCACACGCUGCUGUUCCGCCUCUUCCUGCACUACCAGCAGGAGGCGCACCCGGCCGCCCGGCAGAGCCGCGUGGUCUUCCACGAGAACUACCGCUCCACGGACGCCAUCGUCAGGUUCGUCUCCCGCCACUUCUACCUGGCCAAGGGCAGCCCCAUCCAAGCCAGCGGCAACGUCCCACGCCACCCCCGCCACCCCCCCCUCAUGUUCUGCCACGUGGCGGGCCGCCCCGAGCGGGACCUGACGCGGACGUCCUGGCUGAACCCGGCGGAGAUCGUGCAGGUGGUGGAGAAGGUGCAGGAGGCCUACGACACCUGGCCCGGCUGCUGGGGCGGCCGGGAGCAGAGAUUCAUCUGCGCCGUCUCCCACGGCGCCCAGGUCGGCGCACUGAGGCAGGAGCUCAGGAGGAGGAACCUGGGCGAGGUGUCGGUGGGCAGCUUCGAGAUCCUGCCAGGCCGGGAGUUCCGCGUCGUGGUGCUGAGCACCGUGCACAGCCGCGACAGCCUGCAGGGCCCCGGGGCGCCGACCGCAGGCUUCUUCACGGACGCCCGCGUGCUCAACACGGUCAUGACCCGCGCCCAGUCCCAGCUGGUGGCCGUGGGCGACGCCGUGGCCCUCUGCUCCUUCGGGGCCUGCAGCAAGCUCUGGAAGAGCUUCGUCCGCGAGUGCGUGCAGCAGCGCAGCGUCUGCCCCGCGGGGCUGUCGCUGGAGCAGAUCGAGCAGGCCGUGGGCCGGGGGCAGCGCGCCGCCCUCAGGGCAGAGGGGGCCGGCGCCGCUGCGCCCAGCAUGGCCGUCCCGGAGGGGCCCGCGGGCGGCCCGGCCGCCCAGUGCACAGCUGCCGCCACAGCCACGGCCGGUGCAGGCGUCGGGGACCGGGCCUCGUGUGCCACGGCCCGUGGCGCCACGGCAGAGGGGGGUCCCACGGCGGUGCAGGUGGCGGCCAGGCCGGCGGGAAACGCAGCGGCAGCAGCAGCGCCCACCACGGAGGGCGGGGAGUGCGAGGACACCGAGUCCGACUUCUGGCCGUGUGACGGGGAGCUCAACGCGGACGACCCCAUCCUGCAGGAGCUCCUGGACGAGAGCCGGAAGGUGACGGUGACCGUCGGGGAGGACGGGCUGCUGCAGACGGUCGCCAGGCCCGCCGGCCCGCGCCAGGCCUGGCGCUACGAGAACCUGCCGCUGGCGGCUCUGCACAGGCUGCUGGCCAGGGAGCCCGCGCUGCACCGCCGCUGCGCCUUCCUGCCGGAGACCUUCGACCGCGCGUCCGCCGUGCCGCUGGACGGCGGGGCCUCCGGCGCCAUCCAGCUCAGGGGCCGCCGGAACUGUGGCAUGGCGUUUGCCGGUGACGAGGUGCUGGUGAAGGUCCUGCCCGGGGCCGCUGGCGACGGGGGCGCCGCGGAGCGUCCGCAGGGCCGUGUGGUGGGCGUGCUCAAGAGGCGGCGGCAGGACCUGGCCUUCGUGUGCCGCGUGGACGAGUGGGACCCCCGCAUCAUGGUCCCCAUCAACAGCUCCGUGACCAAGAUCUUCGUGGCCGAGCUGAAGGACCCGCUGCAGGUGCCCCUCUACUGCCUGCACCAGGGCCGGGUGCAGCGCGUGGGCCAGGAGAGGCUCACGCCCGAGGCGCGGCGUGGCCGGCUCUUCUGGGUCCGCGUGGUCCUGUGGCGGACGCGCUUCUACUACCCGCUGGGCGUCGUCCUGGAGGUGCUGCCCGAGGCCACCAGCUGGGACCGGGCCCUCCGCGUCCUGGACCUGGAGUACGGCCUGAGGGCGCCCUCGCCGGACCCGGCCGCUGUCGCCAGGGCUCUGCAGAAGCACCGUGCGGAGCUGGGCCGCGCCGGCGGCCAGCGGGAGGACUGCCGCCGCUUCCUGACCUUCACGGUGGACCCCCAGGGCGCCUGCAACCUGGACGACGCCCUCAGCGUCCGGGACCUGGGCCCCCAGUACGAGGUGGCCGUGCACAUUGCGGACGUGGCCAGCCUCCUGCCCAGGGACGGGCCGCUGGACGUGGAGGCCCGCAGGCGGGGCACGGCGUUCUACGCGCCCGGCCGGGAGCCGGUCCCCAUGCUGCCGGCCGGCCUCUGCCGGGACGCGCUCAGCCUCCUGCCGGGCCAGGACCGCGCGGCCCUGUCGCUCUUCCUCACUGUGGAGAAGGGCAGCGGCCAGCUCGGGGGCUGGCGCUUCGGGCCGUCCGUGGUCUGCUCCGACCGGCAGCUGAGCUACGAGGAGGCCGAGCGGGCCAUCCGGGAGCACCCGGGCGUCCCGGCCCAGCUGGACUCCGUGGACGCCUGCCUGGUGGCCGCGUUCCACCUCUCCCGCGAGCUGCGCCGGCGCCGCCUGCAGGGCGCCUGUCUCUACGAGCAGAUGGACGAGGACAGCGCCCUGGGCUUCCGCGCAGCCCACCUCAUGGUCAAGGAGUACAUGAUCCAGUUCAACAGCCUGGCGGCGGAGUUCCUGGCGGGCAGCGAGCGCACCCGCGCGGUCACGCCGCUGCGCAGGCAGCCGGCGCCCAGCAGCCACCAGCUGGAGGCCGUGUCCCAGAAGCACGGGCCACUCGUGCCCCUGUCGCUGCACCUGCGCCACCACCUGCGUGCUGGCGGCCGCCCCGCGCCGCGGCUGCAGCUCCUGGCCUCCCUCUGGAAGCAGGUGCAGCUCGCCGCGUGUGGCGGGGACUACGAGCAGAUGGCGGACUUAAUCGCCACGGACGACGUGCACCCCUCGCUGGCGCCCGCGGGCCUCGACCUCCGAAAGGCCCUGGGCCGCUCUGUCUUUGGCCGCUCUGGCCAGGGCGCCCAGGCCGGCCACUACACGCUGCAGGUGGACCGGUACACCUGGGCCACCUCGCCCAUCCGCAGGUACCUGGACGUGGUGCUGCAGCGGCAGAUCCUGCUGGCGCUGGGCCACGGGGGCGCCGCGUACUCGGCGAGGGACGUGGACCGGCUCUGCCUGGACUUUGGCCAGCAGCAUGCGCAGGCGCAGGGCUACCAGCGGCGGGCCCGCGGUCUGCACCUGGCCGUGCAGCUCAAGGCCCAGCCUCGCCACAAGCUGGGCUUCGCGGUGGACGUGGAGGGCGGCAGCCGCUGCUUCACGCUGCUCUUCCCCACCCUCCGGGAGACGCUGCCCGACCCCUGCCCCGUGCACUACCGCUCCCUGCAGCUGGUCGAGCCGCCCCGGGACCUGGGGGGCCAGCAGGGCCUGCGGCUGCAAUGGCGGCGCCGCGUCUACUCCGUGCAGGGCUCCGACGCGUCCUCCCCCAAGCCCGGCGCCCUGCGCAGCCCACACACCCAGACCGUCAGCGCGGCCUUGUGGGAGCGGCUGCUGGCGCUGGUGGAGGCGCAGUGCUGGCCCGAGGCGGCCGCCCUGGUCGGGGAGCAGGAGGGGGAGCAGGCCCCGGGGCGGGAGCUGGUGCAGGUGCGGCGCAGCCGCUGCGGCCACUUCCUGGAGGUGGCCCAGGAGCUGGGCAGCGGGCACACGCUGCAGGUGCAGCUCGGCGCCAGCCUGCAGCGCGGCUUCCUGCUGCCCACGCUGCAGCUGUGGGAGGUGGCGCCCGGCCUCAGCCUCUGCCUGGAGCACGUGGAGCGGCCCGCGGACUGCUUCUUGGGCCACCCACACCAGGCGCCCCGGGACCGGUACCGAGACGCGGACGCGUACGCCCGCGUGUGGGAGCCGUUCUGCGCCCUGGAGUCCGUCACCAACGCGGUGGCCGAGAACAGCUCCAUCACGCUGCAGCACCUGCGGGUGUCCUGGGACGCAGAGCGGACGCCGCAGGGGCAGCUGCAGGGCACCUUCUGCCUGGAGACCUCCUUCCUCUCCGACAACAGCAUCGACGUGGACCUCGGCUACUGCUACCUCUGCAUCCGGCUGGAGGGGCUGUGCGCGCCCCCCGGGCCCCCGGCCCCGGGGCCCAGCGGCCUCGGCCCCCUCCUGAGCGUGGACCCCAGCACGUACACGUGGGUGGCCCACGGGCUGACCGAGAGCGGGGACCAGGAGGGCUGGGCGGACAGGGAGGAGGCGCCCAGGCAGGUGCACUUCUUCAUCCGCCACAUGGCCAUGGAGGAGGUUCCGGAAGACGUGCUGAGGCCGGGCACCCUGUUCACCGUCGAGGUGCUGCCCAAGCUGCUUCCUGACCUCCGCAAGGAAGAAGCCCUUCGCAGACUGGCCAUGGCGUCCCCGCUGGUCACCAGCAUUGCGUUGGGGCGGCCUGUCCCGCAGCCCGACACCUGCGCUGGCCAGCAUCCCUCCCCAGAGCGGCCACCAGCAGGUUCCUGGCGCGACAGGACCUUCAACAUCCCGGAGGCCCCACAAGUUGAACCCCAGCCAGAAUGCGGCCAUCAGGGAGCCCUCGAGGAACGCUUUGCGCUCAUCAGGGUCCGCCACGGGUGGCGGGCGGAUGUGGGGCAGUGUGGGGCGCUGUUGGCGCGACCUCGAGUGCCGCCUUCGCCGGUGUCGCCCUGGCCGGGGGGCGCUCUCUCUGUUCUGCUGCCCUGCCGUUGGGCUCUUCGUGGUCCUCUUCACCGGAACCCUCUGCCUCUUGUCUAUGUAUGUCAUUUCACCCUGCACCACCGGAUCCGCAAGGCCCCAACCCACGACGCGGCUGCAAUCAGGGCCUUUGAUGCGCGCUGGCAGAAGGGGGAGGUCUUCUCCAGGGAGGACCUGGACUCGUACAAGAGGGUCUUGAGGAAGGCACGCAAGUUCGAGCUGGACCAGCACCAGGUCAUUCUCUGCACGUGCUCCUGUGCGGCGGCCCCCGGCCUCAGGAACCUGGACGUCCGGCAGAUCCUGGUUGACGAGGCAGCCAUGGCCACCGAGCCGGAGACCCUUAUUCCGCUGGUGCACUUCCCGCAGGCCCAGAAGGUGGUUCUUCUUGGGGACCACAAGCAGCUGCGGCCCGUGGUCAGGAACGAGCGGCUGCAGAACUUGGGGCUGGACCGGUCCCUCUUCGAGCGCUACCACAGGGACGCCUACAUGCUGGACACGCAGUACCGCAUGCACGAUGGCAUCUGUGCUUUCCCCUCUGCGGAGUUCUACCAGGGGAAACUGAAGACCUGCCAGGGCCUGAGGCGGCCACCCAGUGUCCUGGGCCACGCUGGCAAGGAGAGCUGCCCUGUCAUCUUCGGCCACGUGCAGGGCCGGGAGCAGAGCCUGCUGGUGUCCACAGACGAAGGGAACGAGAACUCCAAGGCCAACAUGGAGGAGGUGGCAGUGGUAGUCUCCAUUGCCAAGCAGCUGACCCUGGGGAGGACGGUGGAGCCCAAGGACGUUGCCUCCCUGACCCCCUACAACGCGCCAGCGCCGCGGAGAUCCGCAAGGGCCUCCUGCGGGAGGGUGUGUGCCGGCAUGACGGUGUCCUCCAUCACAGAGCCAGGGUGAGGGAGCGAGUGGCGCUACGUGCUGGUGAGCACGGUCCGCACCUGCGGCAGGAGCGACCUGGACCAGCAGCCCACCAAGGCCUGGCUCCGGAAGUUCCUGGGGUUUGUCGUGGACCCCAACCAAGUGAACGUGGCCAUCACCCGGGCCCAGGAGGGGCUCUGCCUGAUCGGUGACCAUCUCCUCCUGCGCUGCUGCCCGCUCUGGCAGCGCCUCCUGGACUUCUGCGAGGCCCGGCAGAGCCUGGUGCCGGCCAGACAGGUGCGGGUCCGCAGGAGGCCGGCGCUGUCUUCCUGAGGAGCAGCCCCGUGCCCUGGGGAGCCGGGACUCGGAGGGGAGUCCCAGCAACGCUGCUGCCGGCCUGGGGGUCCACCCGGCAGAUGCCGCGUGCCUUGGUGGCCACUGCCCGGGCCCACCUGCCUGUGCCACGCAGCGAGGAGGACCACGGCACAGUCGUGGCCUCUGCCGGGCAGGGAGCAGGCCGGGCGUGGUCUGUCUGUAGGGCGUGAACUUGGGAGGAAGGGGAAGGGCUUCGAGGGUCCAUCCCCUCCCAGCUGUGCUGCUAUUCUGGGGACAUUUGGGGACAGGGAAGCUCCUCAGGGCUGAGAGCAGCCUCGUCGGGACCGGCAUGAGGAGGUUCUGCUGUCACCAGGAUGUUUUUUGGGCCAAGAAAGAAACUGCACUUUGGUCUAUGGACGCCGCCGUAGACGGAGUUGGGCUUGAGUUUCUAUUUUGAAAUAAACCAAAGCCAGUGUCCUCCGGGGCACAGGGACCUGGCCCUGACCCAGGGCAGGGCGGCCUGUCUGAUGCUGGGCCCCGGCCCUGCGUCCUUUGGGGGCCACCGCUCAGAGGGCAGAGGGCAGACCGGGACCAGGUGCCCCCUGGCCCUGCGGCCGCACAGUGGGCGGCAGUGCUGGCGGGUGGAGUGGCAGCCGCUCGGGUGUGUCUGUCUCGGGCAGGCGCGAGGACUCCUGCCACCCCCAGACUCCCACCUGGAGAUCGGCUCCAACUCUGCACCAGGCCGAUCCCCAGUGCAAUUCCGGGUUCCUGCGGCCUGUGCCUGGGGGCCUCUGCCGGUGACCUCGCUGCGGCCCCGGGGGACGCUUUCCUGGAGUUUUCCACAAACUCAGUCUCUACAUUCCAGUGUUUGUGUCUCAGACUCUGAAUUAUGUGAUUGCAUAUUGAUUUCAUUAUAAACAGCACCCUGAAAGCUC